AUGAGUUACAAGCCUUACUACCCACCGCCACCGGAAUGUUACCGGGGUGAAGAUUCUCCGAUGCCAAUUAUAGGCGUUUAUAUAGCAGCUGCCUCUCUGCUCUGUUCCAUUGCAAUGUUCUUAAACUCAUGUUUCACUUUCAUUAACUCCUUUCCCAACUUUAAUGUCCGUUUCUCCGGCAAUUUCUUCCCUCUCAAUGCAACUUGGUUGACACUAUUAGCUGUGGCUACCAAGCUCGCAACUGAUCUCACAACUCCCAAGUUGUCUUACCUAGAUAACCAGGCCAAAAUUAUGAACACAGUUUUCUUAACUGUGGCGAUGAGUAAUUUUUUCACCCAUCUGGGCUCUAUGAAUAACGCAGAUAUUCUAACCAACCUCACCGCUUUGAGCAUAUUGGUGAUCACCGUGAUUGUCGAUUUAUGCCUCCAACUAAGUUUCCGUGUGUUUGGUUCCCUUUCAUUGGUAAUCCUCUUCCAAAUUGCUUUGUUGUUCUGCACGUGGAUAACAAUUGUGUGUACGGGUCUAGCAGUUCCAGCAAUUAAGAAACGCGCAGAAUCAAAGUAUCAGAAGCUAGCAGCUUCAGAUGAGAGGCAGAUGGAAGCUGGGCAACAACAUUAUAGCGUUGAAGAGCUGAGAUUGAGCAUUACAAAGUAUUGGGUGAUGGCAGCAUCUGGUAGCCCCCAGCUUCUGAUGAAAAGGUUGGUCACCUUCGUUUAUACCAAUAUCAUCUGCCUAUUUUCUGCAUGUAUUUCACUCGUAUCAUUUAUUAAUGGGGUGAGGACCGAUUUUUACUCGGAGUGUGGACCAAAGGAAUCUGAAUAUAAGUGGUCGGUCAGCUUCAUUUUACUUUCACAAUGUUAUGCCACGUUACCAACUAUGGUCAUAGCUAUAAUCUUCAUGAUUAGUGUGGUUAGUUACAAGUAUGAGAACAAUGGGAUCAGAAUCAGUAGAGAAGAAGUUACAAUUGAGUCUUACUGGACUGAAAAAUUGGUUGAGUGGAGGCAGCGACCAAUACCUAUAAAGUUUAAGAGAAACACACUGAAAAAACUUAUUCACAACAUAAAAUCUUUGAUUUUGACUUUUUGCAUACUAAUUCAGAUUGUGAAUAUAAUGUUGUGUAAGUUUUCUAGUGUUAUCUCUUUUUACUUGGUGCUUCCAUUAGUACUUUUAAUUAAUGCUUUAGGCAAAUUAAUUAAUCAUUAUUUAGGCAAAUUGUUACGCAAAAAGGAAGUUUCAGAGGUAGAUCGCCUCAAUUGCUUUGUAAUACUACUUGAAGGAGAAAAACAAUUCCCAAAAAAAUUAUUGAGAGGGAUUAUUAAUAGGUUGGAUAAACUUGUUGAGAUGGGUAAGAAGCAACAACCAAAACACCUAUUUAAUCUUCUCGACAGUGAAAGUUUCUCCUUUGCUGGCGUGGUAAACUUUGAUAGCAAUCGAGUUCCAAGUCUGUUGUCUGGUGAACCUCCUAAUUGUUGGACACUUCCGGUGGUGACACUAACAAGCAUCGCCAUUGCAAUUCCAAACAUCGCAAGUCGACAUGUUGAUUGGUUGGUAAGCAGUGCUAAUGAAGGCCUCCGCUAUGCAAGCCUCAUAGAUGUCUUGGAUAGAAAAUGUGGGUUGAAAAGUAUUAAAAAUGCAGCAGAUGUUGUGUGGGUGGGAGUUGAGCUUCAUAGGAAGUGGUUAGACAUGGAUCUUAAAAGAAAAACUGGAGAAAUAAGUUCUGUUAAGGAUAUUAUUCAAGAUCUUAAUGAUGUAUCUGAAAGGAUUGUUAUGGAGUUUAGCUCUAAGGAGAACAUAAUGAUAGUGGAAAAUCCACUAUAUUGGCCUGCGAAUGUUUUAGCUGCAAAUUCAAUGUACAGAAUUACUCGAACCAUUCUGCUAUACUAUGAAGAUGGUGAGUGCCAAGCUGAAGAGUUUCUGCUAUACUAUGAAGAUGGUGAGUGCCAAGCUGAAGAGUUGUUUAGGAAGUUAAUUUGCAUGAUUGCAAACAUAUUGGCUGCUUGUCUUACAAAUUUGCCGCAUAUGAUAUAUACUAAGUGCAUAUGUCUUACAAAUUUGCCGCAUAUGAUAUAUACUAAGUGCAUAAGCAGUGCAAUUGAGGAAAGACUAGAAAGUGUUCGAGAUGCAGCUAUAAUUUUCGGGGAAACAGAAGAUAUUCUAAAAUUGUUUGGAGAGCGUAAACUUUCAAGCACUGGUCCUAGUCAACCAUUAUGCAUUGAUGAAUGGCGUGGAUGGAUUGAGCAACAAGCAACAACAAUUUCAUCUUCUGCAACAUGCAAUGGAGCAUCCUAUGUAGAGUCCAAUGAACAUGUGGUUCUUCAAAUGCAUGCUUGA